AAUUAUUCUUCUUGGAUAUUUUUUUUCAGCAGGCUAUGUAAGUUGUUUAUGGGAUCUUUUCUUUUUCCUAAAUUGAUGCUACAAGGAGUGAGAUCUACAUUCCAUAUUGACUAGAGUUGAAGAUAGCUUCAUGGGAUAUGAGGGAGAAUAAAUCUUCCCCUUGUAAGGCUACUUUUAGAGGACAAAAUCCUGAGCUCCAUGUUCCAAAGCAGAUAAUAUCUCAAAUAAGAAUCAGCACAGCUACUCAGGGCUGCAGCCGCAAUUUAUCCUGCCUGAAAUUAGUAGAAGAUUUCAAAUCAAGGGUUCAUGGUUUGAAUGUUAUAUGGGCUCAUAACUGAUCAAGAUCAGCCCAAUGAAAUGGCCGGCCCAUGAUGGAAGAGAAACGAUGUCGUUGAAAUUUUCAUUUUGGGCAAUACGCUUUCACCGUUUGUUGUUAUUCCAAUAAACAGCAAUGUGCUGAUCACUCCAUGGGAUUUCCGAAAAAGACACAAUUGGAUGGAGGGUUAGACUCUGAAGGGAAGAAAUGGGAACUAGUCGGAAUCGCAAUAAGAACUUCAUUGAAGCCUAUAAACACAAAGCUAAGAGGAAAAGGCAGCGAGGAAGAAGAUGAGGCAUGUUCAACAACUCCAACCUCAAUGGAAGCAAGAAUACCGGAGAAGUUACCUUGCACGCGGGCCCCAAGAAAGCGUAGGCCUCAUUUGAGAUGCCAUUACGGUGGAGUUACAGAGUUCUUCACUACUUCUGAUCUGGAAACAAUCUUUAGAUGCCAUGUUGAGAAAGCAAAUUGAGUUUGAGAAUCGUUUGUCCUAGAGAAAAAAUGAUGUAGUUGAGUUUUUGGAUUAGGAGUUUGUUCUUCUUGUUUUCUGUCCCCUUUGUAACUAAAAUACAAUCCUGCAGCCUAC